UGCCGCGCUGACGUCACCGCCGCGCUCCGCCGCAGCCCCAGCGCAGGCCGCGCCGCCAGACGGAGCCGCCGCCGGCACCCGCGCCCCGGCCCGGCCGUCCCCGCCCGCCCGGCCGCCAUGCCCUCGGACCGGCCCUUCAAGCAGCGCCGCACCUUCGCGGAUCGUUGUAAAGAAGUACAGCAGAUCCGAGAGCAGCAUCCAAACAAAAUCCCGGUCAUUAUUGAACGCUAUAAAGGAGAGAAACAGCUGCCGGUGCUGGACAAGACCAAGUUCCUCGUCCCAGACCAUGUCAACAUGAGUGAAUUGGUCAAAAUAAUCCGGCGCCGCUUGCAGCUGAAUCCCACCCAGGCUUUCUUCCUGCUGGUGAACCAGCACAGCAUGGUGAGCGUGUCUACACCCAUCUCGGAGAUCUACGAGCAGGAGAAGGACGAGGAUGGCUUCCUCUACAUGGUCUAUGCUUCCCAGGAGACCUUUGGCUACUGAGGCCUGCUGAGAGGUGGCAUGUGGAGACAGACGAACUGUGGCGCGCAGGCCCCCGGCCUUGGAAGACAACACAACCAGAGGCUCACCAGAGGGGGACUGUGCUGACUCCCUUCCUCUCCCUCCCGCCCCGUCCCACCGCCUCGUCACCAAAGAGGCUCGUGGCGUGUGUUGGACUGGCACAACCCUUCACCUCCGUGUAGAGUAGCCCCGCUCCCUCCACACACACGCACGCACCCACGUGUGCACGGACGCCCGCGCGCGCGCGUGUGGGGCCUCGGCUCCCCGUCGUGUCCCUGUCAUCCCCCCCCGCCCCUCAGCUGGUCUCGCUGUGGGGCCUUGGCUCCCCAUCCCGCCCCCGUCCCCCCCCAUAGCUGCUCUCGCUGUGCUCCGUGUGCGUGUCUGUAGCCCACUGCCAAGAGAGAUCGGCCGGUGGCGGAGAGGGGACAGGAGGCCGUCGCCUUGGCUUUCGGCGCAGGGAGAGCCGCCUCUCCUCCGCAACACUCAUAAAGGGCAGGAGGUCUGCAAAAGCAGCAAAGAGAUGUUACCAUUGCUCCCGAGUUUUAAUUGAUUUUAAUUACACCCAUAUCAGAUUCUUGGUGCUACUGAGUAGAUGUAGGUGUCUCUAUAGGACUGUGGAUAAUGUAUAUCCUUUAGAUUUAUUUUAUUGGGUUUUUGGUUUGGUUUUUUUUUUUUUAGGGAUAGAUUGGAAUGGGGAGAGGGGGUAAUCUUUCCUGUAUUCUGUAGGUAAAUAAAUACGGCUUCAUUGCACUUUAAAGCAUAGUAGAUGUCAGAGUGGAAUUUACUUUUAAUUUAUACAGGUUUGCCAUAUAUAGUGCUGCUCCUCUGUUGACAGUUGUACCUAGAUUGUCUUUGUUUCUUUUUUUUUUUUUAAAUAUAAUUGAUUUCCCUUCUCUCUGUCUCCCCAUUGCAUGCAAUUUUUCAGUCUCAGUGUGGCAAAGAGUUUGCUCAAGGAAUGUACUGAUUUAUAUUUGCUAUGUUCCCAUUCCUGUUUCUCAUGUAUUAUACCAAAAAAAUGUAUAUGAUAAAAUCCCAACCAGUUUAAUCUAUACAAAGGUAUAUAUAUAUAAAUAUAUAUAUAAAAUAAACAUAAAUUCAAGUCGUGUCUUGUA